AGGGAGGAAGCGGGGUGGCGACUGGCAUCCAUAUCAAGGAGGAGCAAUUGCUUUUCAGAUAAUACAGCGAACGGGCCGUUACAUAUAUAGUAUUCUGGUAUUGUAAUAACAUAAAACCUUAGACCUCAGGAAGCCGGUCGGGUUAAAAGUCGAGGUGUCCGGGCAAGCAGGGGACAGCCAUGUCAGAAACAUACGAUUUCCUGUUCAAGUUCCUGGUGAUCGGCAGCGCCGGGACGGGGAAGUCUUGCCUCCUGCACCAGUUCAUCGAAAACAAGUUCAAACAGGACUCCAACCACACCAUCGGCGUGGAGUUCGGCUCCAGGGUGGUGAACGUCGGGGGGAAGACCGUCAAGCUGCAGAUCUGGGACACUGCUGGGCAGGAGCGCUUCAGAUCUGUGACUCGCAGUUACUAUCGCGGGGCAGCAGGAGCUCUGCUCGUGUAUGACAUCACCAGCCGGGAGACGUACAAUGCCCUGACCAACUGGCUGACAGAUGCACGGACGCUGGCCAGUCCUAACAUCGUCAUCAUCCUGUGCGGGAACAAGAAGGACCUGGACGCCGACCGGGAGGUCACCUUCCUGGAGGCCUCGCGCUUCGCCCAGGAGAACGAGCUGAUGUUCCUGGAGACGAGUGCCCUGACUGGGGAGAAUGUGGAAGAAGCUUUCCUCAAAUGUGCUCGAACCAUCCUCACCAAGAUAGAGUCAGGCGAGUUGGACCCGGAGCGGAUGGGGUCGGGGAUCCAGUACGGAGACGCGUCGCUGCGGCAGCUCCGUCAGCCGCGGGGCACCACUGCACAGAACAAGCAGCAGUGCAGCUGCUAAGAGCCCCCCUCCCGCCCCCUCCCCAGCCCCCAACCCUGCCCCUGCAGGUCAGAAACGCACAGUGCAGCUCCCACACCCACACCGAGAGACGCAGAUAACCAUCCCGGCCAUUUUACACACUGCCACUAUGCAACUCACUUCUAAUCCCUCCACGUUCAACAGGGGUGGAAACAGAGGCACUGAGGGGAUCCUGUCCCAGUGCUGAUUCUGCUAGUGGGCUUGAAGUAAGACCUGGAACGGCUCAAAAUGCUGUGCAUUGGGAGUGCUGUUUCCAUUCCUGUAACGGUCCCCCUAUAUUUGUGAAGGAACUUGACUCGUCGUAAUAGGACAUUUUAAAUCCAAAGGUAUGCCGCUGCUCUUGUUCAUGUGAGUCCUAGAUUAGGGCAACUACUAAGCGAGAUGAAGUAUAUUGUUACUGGAGAAAUUCUGCCACUCUUUCUCACUCUAUGCUUUGGGUGUGGUUGGGUGUGUAGAUCCCCCCCCUCCCCCCAGAAAAACCUGGUCCCCUCUCCCUGAUGACCACCUCUGACCCCUGAACCCUGACCCUGUGAGAGGGUUACCCUGCUGACCCAAGAAGGGCGCGCACACACACACCCCUGUAACACUGAGUCGGGCAGAGGGGAAGGCUAGGGGUACAGGACACAGGGGAAUUCACCACCCCUGUUUUUACCGUCCAUGUUGAGUGGAGCUAGAAAUGUGACUUUGGUUAAAUGUUGCUCAUUCAAACAGAAACCCUUUUGAGUAUUUAAUCAGCAGAAGCUCCCAGGUAUUGGGUGCGUGGUGUCCCACCGUAGGACAGGCCCACUAACAUUCGAGUCCCAAAAGCCCGGGGCCCGGCACACCCCAGCAGCCGGCCGCCAGCUUCAGUAACGGUGGGAACCCCUUACGCAACAGCAGCCGGCCUUCGCUGAUCCAGUCGAAAAGGCAGAGAGCGCCAGGGGGUUUGUCUCGCGGUGUCGAUAGGUGACGUUGUAGCGGACCUGGCGUCCGCUAACGCCAGGUAAAGGAAGCGGAGCCGCCUCUCCGUCCCCGGAGACCGCUCGUGACAAAAGCGUCCCACAGUCCCCCCCGCCUUUGCUCGGUUUCCCCCAAUCUCCGCCUUUCGGUGUGCUUGCACCCGUUUCCACGGCAACCUUUCUUUAACAAACACUUAAGGAACCGUCUCCGAGGGAGGAGAGGCAGCCUAUCGGAGCAUUGCGCAGUGCGGUCCGCGGAAAGCACGAGGUUGCUAAGUGCUGUUGUUCGCUAAAGGCUGCACCUUCCAAAAUGCUGUGGUCUUUGGGAGUCCCUCCAGCCUCAGCAGUGCCCCUGGCUGCAAGCCUGUCCCGCCUCAAAUGGGCUCUUUCCCUUUCACCCUCCCCCCUGGGCCUCCUCCAUAGCGAGGCUACGCUUUAAGUAGUGAUGAGGCACUGAGGGGAAAAAAUAGCAAAAAGCAAAAAUAGGGGAAGCAAACAUGUGUCAGGGAACCAAACCCGGUAGAGAGCAAAUAACCUUUUUGAUUGGCUCAUGCAAGUCAGUAAUUGACAGCUCAUUGUAGCUCCAACUAUUUUACAGGGUUCACCCCACUCUCCUCGCCACUACCAUGACAAAUGCUGAGAGAAAUGAUCUAGUUAGAUCAGUCCUUAGGGGCUCAUUGUUAUCCACUGGGUUUAAAAGCACUUUUUAAAAACAUGAUAGGGGUGAGAGGACUCCCCCCCCCGUACUGGGAGUGUACCGCCUGCGUUUGCUUUCGACCGGCAGUGCUAGCGUUGCUGUGUGCGCUUUAACGGCAGCUAACACCACACAGUGAGGGACCGCACGACGGGUCCUGCUAAAGCUCCCUCAACCUUUUCACAGCAGGCUUUUAUGGGGAAGUUCAGCCAGCCGGUCUCGGUACACACGCGUUCAAUACUGACGCGGAAUACUUGCGGAGGAUCGAACGGAAAACUUCCGCGGCCAUACAAAAUCCGACGGAAUCGGCAAAAUUUCGAAUGAGCGAUUUCGCGCCAUCCCAUUUCUCGCACUGUAAAGCAUUUCCUAUAGCCAUUGGCCUGCAUAGCAAUUAUUCAAAAUGUCUGUCCAGUAGGACGGAAUGUCCCGCUGGACAUGGCAAGCAGUCGCAGAGUUGGAGACAGCCAUGUACCCCCCCCCUAACACCUCUCAGAUGCAGUGGGAGGCCUAUUCUGGCAUGGCAGAGCAAGUGUGGUAACCACAAAGUCACUGUGCCCUGGUGUCCUUAAACCCUUGACUCAAUCGACUGAUAACAGUCAGGUUUAUUCUUUUUUAAUUUCCCUUCUUUAUUUUUUUUGUUCUACUUUCCUCAAGUGCACUCAUUUUUUGGUUUUAAAUACUGUAACUAUAGAAAUAUUUACAAUGGUAAAAUACUUGUACAGUUGUUUUGAGGUUCCUAAAAUCUGAAAUAUAUUUAAAAUAAAUCGUACAUAAUGUUGGACAAAUACACUUAUAAAGGACUCAUUUCUUACUAAAGAACAACUGAGUUUGUGGUCUUAAAAAUGUAAACAUUCCAAAAGUUGUUAUUUUGUUCCUUUUUCUUUGGACCUUCAACCUCCAAAACCUGAAAGAAAGCAAAUGCACCCUUAUUGAGGUGACUGGCACUUUUAUUUUUGAUCUUUUUUUUCUUUUUGUUGUUGUUACUUGCUUUUCUGUGUGUUGCCUGUGCUGUUGUGGAUUAAAUGUGUGUCCUCCUGAAUGUACUGACCACAGACUCUGCUGGGAAGGAACCAGUGAUUUCUGCAGCAGUUUGAACAGGUCAGACACUGCACCGAGCUGUAAGGCAGCCCCACUCCUGCUUUACCUGUUCUUUCACUCAACGGUCCCCACCAGAAACACUGUCCUCACUAACCCUCUCUAAAACAUGGCUCCAUGUCACUCCCUGAAUGCCACUAUUCAGCAGAAAUCACUCCCAAAUUUCCUUGCAGGAAACUCAGUUGUUGCUUAGUAACCAAUGUGAUAUCAUCAUCAUUGCUAAGAAACUGUAUAUCUGAGUCAUCUAUGCUGUAAAUAUGGAUUGUUGUAUUUUUUCGUGUGUGUGUGUGGGGGGAGGGAGGUGUUGUGAAUUUUAAAAAAUGGACUGUAACAAAAUUUGCUUGGUUAUUUUUGUAAUUUAGUUUUUUAAUUAUUGUGACAAUUCUUUACAUUUCCAUGUUGGUAUUUGAAGGGCAUAUAGACGCUGACCCUGUCGGGGCUGUUUCGAGACUGAUCAUAAUCCUAUUUCCCCUUUGGUGUGUGUGUUGCGCCUGUGUGUGUGUGCGCGCGUGUUGCCAGUUUGAGGGCGUGUAUUUGUUUGCGUUUGCGGUACAUGUAGAUGCUUCCUAGCCCCAGUGUUGCGAAGGUGCCACUGUGGGCCAGAGGGGGGCGCUCCAGAGCACAGUCUGAAUGGAGGCCAUGGAGCUCUACCCCGCCCUGCUGAGGAAACAUCACCUGACUCCUCCGCACCUCUCUGAUUGGACAGCACUGGUCACCGUCCAUCCCUGGGCUAGCCGAGCGGACACCAUUUUGAGUCGGAAAUGUAAAAUUAAAGCUGUGUUCCAGCCUGGCCCCCCGAUUGCUGUUCCCAGCCACUGCGGCCCAGUGCAACCCAGUGCUGCGCCCUCUUUGAGCUGACCCCCUUUCCGCCUUCCUGUCCUCUGCCGCUACAGGGGUCCGGGGCGGGCCGAGGCUCAGCAUGCAAAGAGGCUGACCGCGAAACAUCUCCAUUCACUGAGGCAGCUUUAUCAGGACUGAUUCACUGAUUCCAGUACAGAUUUGUGUUCGUGACCGCAAAUGUCUACUUGUACCCCUAGAUGGUGGUGUUGCACCACAGAGUCCGUACUACGCCCAAGCGAUGGAUAUGAAGAUUAGACUUUUUUUUGUUUUCAUUUUUUUAUUUUUUUUUAUUGAGUAUUUGUCUCAAUUUCUUCAGUUUAUUUAAUUACCAGACUAUAAAAAUGGUUAGUUUGUGACCAUAAUUGUUCAGUGGCUAUAACUAGGAUAGAGCUUGAAUAAAUUAGCAUUAUGGAAGCAUGGUCCUUUUAAAAACGGUCUAAAAUCAAGUGCUGUGUGUAUUUAAAAUUAACUGCAGUUACUUUGUGAGUUUAUUCUCUGUCUUGCUCAGCAAUUUUAUAGCGAUUUAGAUUUGACAACCAACAAAGGUUUUAAAUUCAGUUCUACUGUGAAAGUUGUACUCGAGGUCCAAUCUGAAGGCCAAAAUGAAGACUGGCAAUUUACUGAUUAUACUUAAAUAAAAAUAAGCUCAAUGAUCACUGUAACAAUACAACAGAAAUUAAAGGUUUCAAAAUGUGUUCUGAAA